ACCUCACCUGGUCACACUCAAAAUUUGUAUUUAAAGUGGAGCGUUUUAUUGUUUUUGGCAUUCGUUUGUGUUAAUAAAACUGUUUACGUUGACGGAACACUUGGCGGCAAAAAGGAAACGCAAUACCAAAGUCGCGUUUAACCAAACUACAAAUAAAUAUAACACGAAAUACACACACAACCAAACACAUACCAAUAACAAAAAGGAAAUUGUGAGAGCGAAAAAACAGCGGUAAAUUCGGCAAAUAACGUUACACAACCCCACCAAAACUGCAACAAGAGACCGUUAGACAGAGAGAAAAAGAGAGGAAGAUCAAAAGCAGUAAUGGGUCUAUUGAGCGAGGGCAGUCCACUCUCCUGGGAGGAAACCAAGGCACUGGCGGAUCAUGUCCGUGAGCAUGGCGUGAAUCAGUUUAUAAACUUGUACCACAGACUGAAGGAUCGUCAGGGUGAUAUUCUCAAAUGGGGUGACGAGGUUGAAUACAUUAUCGUAAAAUUUGAUGAAGAGCAGGGUGUGGCUCGAGUGGCUCUGCGUGCCCAGGACUUGCUUGCUAAACUAAAUGAAAAGGAAUUGGCCGAUCCCAAGGGUGUCAAGUCACUGUGGCGUCCGGAAUAUGGAGCCUAUAUGAUUGAGGGCACACCUGGAAAACCAUUUGGCGGCCUGAUGGCCCAUUUUAAUCUGGUGGAGGCCAAUAUGCGCUAUCGUCGUGAAGAAGUCACCGAGUUGUUAGCCAAGGACGAGUGCGUCAUGUCCAUCACGAAUUUCCCACGCCUGGGCGCCCCAAAUUUUACCUACCCAUUGGCUCAGCCACGUCCCGAGGAUCCUCUUAGUUCAGCGCGCUCCUUAUACUUCCCGGAUGAGGCCAUCUUUCCGGGUCAUCCGCGUUUCAAAACCUUGACUCGUAACAUUCGCAAGCGACGUGGUGAAAAGGUCUCCAUUAAACUAAAAGUUUUCAAGGAUACAAAGACCAAGUUGCCAGUGGAGGGUGCACCGCCUGGAGAGCCAGAUGUUGUGCUUUUGGACGCUAUGGGUUUCGGCAUGGGCUGCUGUUGCUUACAACUGACCUUCCAGGCCUGCAACAUCACCGAAGCGAGACGCCUCUACGAUCAGCUUGCUCCCCUGUGCCCGAUCAUGUUGGCUUUGACAGCCGCAUCGCCCAUUUACAGAGGCUAUCUGACGGAGUCGGAUUGCCGCUGGAAUGUGAUCAGCUCCUCGGUGGACUGUCGCACGGAAGAGGAACGUGGACUGGCACCGCUUGAUAAGCAAAAGUUCCGAAUCGCCAAGUCCCGUUACGAUUCCAUCGAUUCUUAUUUGUCGCCCGAGGGUGCCAAAUACAACGAUGUACCGCUCACCUAUGAUGAGGCGGUCUACAAGCGUUUGGUGGAAGGCGGUAUUGAUCAUCUGCUGGCUCAGCAUGUGGCCCAUUUGUUCAUCCGCGACACAGUGUCGCUGUUCAGCGAAAAGGUGCACCAGAACGACAAGGAGGAUACCGAUCAUUUCGAGAACAUUCAAUCCACCAACUGGCAGACCAUGCGCUUUAAGCCACCGCCACCAAAUAGUUCCAUUGGCUGGCGUGUCGAGUUCCGACCUUGCGAGGCUCAGAUCAGUGAUUUCGAGAACGCUGCCAUAGUUUGCUUUGUGGUGCUGCUCACCCGUGUGAUCCUGUCCUACCAGCUGAACUUCCUUACGCCGAUCAGCAAGGUGGAUGAGAACAUGCAGACAGCACAAAAAAGAGAUGCCUGUCGCAAGGAGAAGUUCUGGUUCCGCAAAUCCUCGAAGACUACCGAGCAAAGAGCAGCCAAGGCUCAGGCUCAGGCACAGGCUCAAGCUCAUGCUCAGACCAAUGGCAAGGCCACCUUGAACGGCAAUGGACUGAUCAAUGGUAAUGGCAGUGAGAAUGGGGACCAAGACGAGCAACAGCCUCUGACUAACGGUUCGGCCAAGAUGAACGGACACGGCAACACAAAUGGCACUAAUGGUACCACCAAUGGUACCACCAAUGGCACCACCAAUGGCAUCAAUGGAUCUAAUGGAUCCUCUAAUGGCGCAGAUAGUGAUCACACUGACACCGAUGACGAAGAGAACGAGCUAUUCCAACUGCUGUCAAUCAAUGAGAUCUUCAAUGGAAAGCCCAACGUGUUUCCCGGUCUGGUACCAUUGAUCCGUAGCUAUUUGCAGUCCAUGGAGGUGGACACAGAUACGCAUUGUACCAUUGAACAGUAUCUUCGCUUCAUUCAAAAGCGUGCCGCCGGUGAAUUGAUCACCACGGCGACUUGGAUGCGCGAGCAGGUGCUUAGUCACCCGGACUACAAGCAAGAUUCUGUGGUUAGCGAGCGCAUCAACUACGAUCUGCUGAAGCGCAUCCAGGGCAUCCAGGAGGGCAAGCAGGUGGAGCCGGCUCUGCUCGGUCAGGGCUAUCAUUCCAAGACGAAGACGAAAGACUUCAUUCCGCCGGCGCUGCAGAAGCAGCUGGCCAAGAACGGCUGCUGCGAGGAGAAAUGAUCGAGGAGCGCGUUGCGGACACGUCCAACGCAGCCGGCCGGUGGCCGGCGCAUGUGAUUUGGGUUUUGUGGGUCCGUUUGGAUGUAGUGCGGCAUAUGUUGAGGGCAAAGACAAAGGCAACGGCAAAACGAAACGGAAUGGAUACGAUACGGAUACGGAGCAACAUUUAUCAAUAUUAUUUUUAUAGCAUAAUUUAAAACGGAUUAACAAUUAGCGUGCACCAAGAUCCUAAUUGUGGACAAAUGUUUUGUGGCCGUGCGUGGCCUUUAGAAAUGAAAGGCUGUCAGACAGGACGAAGAAGGAGGAUGGAUUAUGAAAAAUGGUUAUGAGGCACAUGAGGAUUUUCCAGUAAGGGUCCCCAGCCAGCCAUGUUAUCCUCCUCUUUAACUGGUUCUCGGUCAUCGUUUCGAUGGGAUUUCUGGAUCGUCGAGCCCUCGAUCACGACAGAUUUGCAAUAGUUAAAUAGAGAACAAAGAAGUGAGAGCUAUGAAAUCUACUAUAUAUACCAACGUGAAGAACUACAACAACAUAAAUCUCAACCAAGUGCCGUUCCACAAGACCUACAAAAAAUAUGAAUACAGAUAGUUCAAAACGAGGCAAGGUUAAAAUGUAUUUCUGUUUGUUUUCGUUUACAUCAUAUAUAUUUAUUAUAUUAUUCCUAUUUUUAUAAAUGCAAGUACAAUGGAAAGUUGUUUAUUUUUUUUUUAAUUGAUAUAUUUACACACACACACGCGAAACACACAUAUGUCUAAAAGUGGCCUGCUGUUAUUAAACUAGAUAUGAUAAGUAUAACUAAAAAAACAACACCUGUGCUAUUAUAAUUUAUUGUGUAUGUGAUUGUUUCAACAUUAUUAUACGAUUAUGAUUUAUUGUGACCACUAGCAAGCAAAUAAACGGAAAAAAUUGUUGAAUCUUUAAACUAAAAA